UAGGAUGGCAUAAUUAAUAAACCACGCGCGCGUCAGCAUCGCAAUCCUCACAUUCAUUUCUCUCUAUAUUUUUUCUUCUUUUUUCCUAGGUUCAGCUCUGAAUUUCAAUUAGUUAAUUUAUUAUAUUAUAGAUUAUACUUUUUAAUUUUGGGAUUUGGGAUUUGGUUUCAUAUUUGUUGUAUAAAUAUAGUUGUAAUGCAGCGACGGGUUUGGUCAUUGGUGUGGAGGUUGGGACUUAGAAGCUUAUAGGUGACCAAUUCUGUCUAUUUUGAUUUUGUAAUUUAAUUAAGACAAGUCAAGGUUUGAAGAAGACCCAGAUUGAUCCAGAGAGAGAAAUUCAAGAAUUUCAAGAAUAUGGAUCCGCGAACCGUCCAUAGCCAACAAAAUUCCAAGAGUUCCCAUUUGGCUUUGGAUAUUGGAGGUUCUUUAAUUAAGUUGGUUUAUUUCUCGAGAAGUGAUGAGUGUUUGAUCGAUGAUAACGAGGGCAAUUCUUCGAAUGAGAGUCUGGUGGUUUCUAAAAAGUGUCCUGUUCUUCAGGGGACACUUCAUUUUGCAAAAUUUGAAACGAGCAAGAUUAAUGAUUGUUUAGAGUUUAUAAUGCGCAAUAAACUUCAUCUUGGUGGUUGCCAGCAUGGGGGAUCCCCUGACAAUUACACUGUUAAGGCCACAGGUGGAGGGGCAUACAAAUAUGCAGACCUCAUUAAAGAAAAGCUUGGUGUUUGCCUUGACAAAGAAGAUGAAAUGGAUUGUCUUGUGGCUGGAGCAAAUUUUCUACUUAAGGCAGUUCAUGAAGAAGCUUUUACUUACACAAAUGGUCGAAAGGAAUUUGUACAGAUUGACCAAGAGGAUUUAUACCCAUAUCUACUUGUUAAUAUUGGUUCUGGUGUCAGUAUGAUCAAGGUAGAUGGGGAUGGCAAGUUUGAGCGAGUAAGUGGAACCAAUGUUGGUGGUGGCACCUUCUGGGGUUUGGGAAGGCUCUUAACAAAGUGCGAGAGUUUUGAUGAGUUGCUGGAGUUAAGCCAUCAAGGAAAUAACAGAGUUAUAGACAUGCUUGUUGGAGACAUCUAUGGCGGAAUGGAAUAUAAUAAGAUUGGUCUUUCAUCAACAGCUAUUGCUUCUAGCUUUGGUAAGGCAAUUUCUGACAAUAAGGAGCUGGCAGAUUACAAACCUGAAGAUGUUGCUCGGUCCUUACUAAGAAUGAUUUCAAAUAAUGUUGGACAGAUCUCUUACUUAAAUGCACUCCGGUUUGGACUGAAGAGGAUAUUUUUUGGAGGGUUUUUCAUUCGCGGACAUGCUUACACCAUGGACACUAUUUCUGUUGGAGUUGAUUUCUGGUCUAAAGGCGAGGCCAAAGCUUUGUUCUUAAGACAUGAAGGAUUUCUUGGAGCGUUGGGUGCAUUUGCGAGCUACGAAAACCAACCUGGCUCAGAUGACCCGAUAGUUCGCCAGUUGGUGCAACAAUCCCCCAUUAGUGCAUCUCAUACCGGCUACAAGAUCCAUGGUUCUCGAAAUGGAGAAUGUAAUGAUAACGAAAGUAUAGAAUGUAGUGUUUACGUCUCUUAGAAUAUAUAGGCAUAUCUUCUUUUAGGUGUGGUUACUAGGCGAUAAGAGGCGGCAAUACAUGGUUGCUGCCUAUUUUGCACCCUGUACUAGUUUAAUGGUUGAAAAGGGGUUAACAUAUCAAAAGUGUAACAUAGCUGAAAGUUACUAUAGGCAUAUAAAUUCCUCAAAAAAAUCAAGUGAUGAAACUGAGAUAUAACUCAGUCAUAGUUGCAAUAAACAUUUUCUAUCAUUGUUUGUAACAUCUCUAUGUUUGUAAUCCUAUUGGGUUUGAAGCAUCGCCUUGUUUUUCAAUAAUAAACUCAACUUGUUUCGUUGUGGCAA